UCAACAAAGCAACAGCACAGGACGCGGCAACAACAUGCCUCAAGAAUUGCGCGUUGUUCGUUGCUUUCAGUGCUUAAAAUAUCAGGUGGACAUUGUAAAAAAGGCCAACAAAUGGGCGUGCAAAAUGUGUGGCGCCAAACAAUCGCUGGCGCGUGAAUACUUUCGUGGAACGGGCCAAGAUUGUCGAAGCAUGGUGCAGCAGCUCUCUGUCCGGCACCUGGAGAUGGAUCAACGCGAAGCGGAGGUUGCUGAACUGGUGUUGCAAAAUAAAAUAAAACUGCCCCAACCGACCCAGCUAGAUUCAGCUAUGUUGCGAAAUGGCACAAACGAAAGCACCAAUACGACAUCGAAAGGUCCGAGCAAGUGGGCCGCAUUUCUUACAAAGGAGGAAAACAACGACCCAUCAGAUGCUUUGGACCCUUCUGAAUCACUGGAAAGCGUGUCCUGCACCACGUUUGAUCGCGAACGUAUCGGGUGCCCGGUGAAGCAGAGUAACGCAUGGAGUAACUAUCCAACAGUUCAACAUGAUUCGUCUGAUUCUGAUGCACAGUUGGCCUUAAAUAUGGAUGACAUUUCUCCGAGAGAUUUUUCUUCGAACGGCAUUUGGAAGCUGAACAAAAGAAUCCCGUAUUCUACCCAAAUCGUUCCGUCAAGAGAGAGGAACGUAAUACAACACGAUUUCAGAACUAUGGUGCUCAAAAAGGCUGGACUCAAGCUACAGGGACUAGCUCCAUGCAACUGCCGGACUUUCAUCGUAAAGGAAGCAGUAACAAUCGUUCAUUUAAAGAUCGACCGGGAACGUUGCCAAAACCAUCAACGACCAAUGCUGCCCCACCGUCUGCUAGUUACAAACCAUCGCAAAUGCCAUGUAAAAGAAAGUGUUCAGAAGCAAGUGCCACAGCGCCGCUCAUGA